CCUUCUUCCAAAGUUGUCUAUUUCCCAAACUUAGUCUAAAAUGGAAAAGAACCAAACCAUCACCAAACACACUCAAUCUCAAGGCAAAGGAGUUUGUGAAAAGAUUUUCAAAGCACUAAAUCUAACUUCAAUUUUUCGAUAUUUUUCCCGAAAUCCCAAAUCAGAAAUAGCAACUAGUGAUCAUCAUCAGAGAAGCGACCCUGCUAAAGCCACGGAAUUCAAGCUAGUUGUUCCUCAACAAGAUCAAAACUUGUCUUUUGUCUCAAAUAAGGUACAUGUGGAAUAUAAUCAUAGUGAAGUAACCAUGUCUAAAACAGAAUCCCCUGUAUAUAUGCUUCCAGAGAGAGAUAAUCCAGAGAAUGCCAGGUUUUCUACGUAUAUCAAUCACGUCAAGAGCAAGAUUAUGUCUAGCUAUAAUGAUGAUGAUGAUGAUGAUAUUGAUGAUAAACAUAAACACCGUAUCGAUCCAUCCAAGUUUGAUAUCAGAACUACAGCUAUUGCUUGUGGGGGUCAAGGCUAGCACUUUGAACAAUCUUAGCAAACUUGUAUGUUUAGCUAUCAAAAUAAUUUAGAUAAGGAUAUAACUUGUUUAGUGCUCUAUGUAUUUGUUAUGUAUGUUAGUAGUACUAUAUGUUUUAGCAAAGAUUGAACUUUGGAAAAAAAAAUAAGAGAGGGGCUAUUAAGCUUUUGUUUAUACUUUGUCUGUGAGUGAUGGAUUAUGAGACUUACUUUAUCAUCCUUUGAUUGGAGUAGGGACGGAGCCAAGUGGGAGCAAGGAGUUCAUAUGAAGCGCCUUGAAUAUUACAUUGUAUAUUUAAGGUUAAAGUUAUUAUUUCUAGUUUGAUAAGGAAAAGCACAGAAAAUGAAUCUGCUAAUGAAGGUUAUGAAGUUCGACAUCAAUAAAGAAAAAGACUUUCUUCUAAAAUGCUAGAUUCCAUCUUUCAUGCUUCUGGUUCCGUGGAAGGUGAAAGG